AUGGCAUGUUGCAAGUCCGGGCGGCGGUCCAAGCGCCUCCGCCGAAAUAAUCCCGUGUUGCAACGCGCGGACUGCGGAACGGGCGCCACUCCAGAGCCCGUUGCGCAAACGUACUACCGCACGCAAUUGGCCAAUUGCGCACCAUCUCCGAGUACCCGACGCGCGCGACGUUUACGAAACGUACGAUACCGUUCGAUGACCCGCGCUCUUCUAUUACGUGACGAUUGUGUAAUGGAAGAAAGCGGUUGGAAUGCGUGCGCAAAAAUGGGCGCGAGGCCGAUGCGCGAGCGCCGCGUGCUGCUGUUGAGAGAGAGGGGGGCGUGCGGAGCGGGCACAAGAGGGGAGUUCGCCGGUGACAAUGAAUGGCAAAGCACCGUUGUACUUGACCCAGUAUUCCGGCCGUCACGCCCGCCGGUGCAGCGCUGA